AUGUUCGCUAAAAUCUUUGCCCUCUUUGCUCUGCUGGCAGUAGCUUUCGCAGCUCCCAAUCCUAAGCCUCAAGUAUUUGCUUACACCUCUGGAGUUGACUACGUGUACCCAUCUGGUAUCGUACCUUCUGUGUACUCGACAUACAAUGGAGCUUACCCCUAUGCCGCUGUACCCGCCGUCGCUGCUCCUUACUACGUAAAAUAA